UUCCGUAGCAUCUGCAAAACAUGGCGCUCCUCCGUCUCCACCACCGACACUCCUCUCUCAAUCAACCCACUCAUCAAACUUAAACCCCUCGUUAUCUCUGUCUACACCAACGGAGGACUCCAACAGAUCAACGAUCUCAACCUCUACGCGUUCCUCUCACGCGCCUCCUUCUUCCGCGUCACUCUCUCCUCCUCCUCUACUCAAGGAUGGCUUAUAAAAUCCGACGUGGACAUCAACUCGGCACAAUCCAUCUUCUUCACCCUCUCUCACGCCUCCCUUUGGUUCAUUGGUGUCAAAGUUUUGAUCUUUUUAAAUUCACUCUCACUGAGAUUCGACAAGGGUUUCUUGUUCAUUACUCUCGUAGUAACAAAGGAGCUUUUGGGUUUAAGAAAUUGGUUCUUGCAGGAAGAGAUCGAGUUUUUGGAAUUGGGUUUGAUGGAAAGGUUAGGUAUUGGAAUGGAGAAAUUUGGACUAGAAUCAAAGAUCAGAUUGGUGAAUUCGUUGAUAUUAUGGUUCUUAAAGGGCUAAUUUACGCGUUGGAUUCGCAAGGGAUUGUUUGGUGGAUUAGUUCUUACUCUCUUAGUAUCUUUAGGUAUGGAACUUCACUUACUAAUGAAUGUGGUAGAGACUUAAGCUUGGUGGAAUGUUGUGGAGAACUUUACAUUGUUGAUCGUCUUCUUGAAGAUAAUGUUUUGAAAAGAAAAGCUGAUUCCUUGGAUGAUGAUAAUGCGUAUGUUGGUGUCAUUCCUCGGAUUACUAAAGUGAUACAUGACGAUGUUGGGAAUGAAAAAUGCAAAGUGGUGGAAAGAGAAUGUCCCAAAACGGUUGGGUUCAAGGUUUAUAAGGUGGAUGAGGAGUUGGGGAAAUGGGUGGAAGUUAAGUCUUUGGGAGAUAGUGCGGUUGUGAUGGCUACCGAUACUUUUUUCUCGGUUUUGGCUCGUGAGUACUAUGGAUGUGUACCAAAUUCUAUAUACUUUAUCGACGAAAAGGAAGUAGAGGUUAAGGUGUUCAGGCUUGACGAUGGUAGUAUUGCGUCAAUGUUUGGUUUUGAACGGAGUUGUUUCCAAUUAUUUGUUCCCAGUUUUCUCUGAAUCUUGUUUAGGUCAAAGCUACUUUCUUUAUAUUAAGAGUGCAAAUCAUCUGAUUAGGAAAUCUUCCCUUUCAUCUCCAUUUCGGGUAUUGGACAAAAGAUACAACUGAAAUAUCUUCAUUUUCAGAAGUCAGGAUGAAACAGUGAGAUGUUUUAGCACUGCUUCAGAAGAAUGACAAGCAAAGUACUUCUGCCUUAGCUCCACACAAGGAUAUCCGAGGAGCGACAAGAAAUGAGCUGACAUUAUCUCUAUCUGAUACCAUACUUCACCAUUUUUAUCAAGCUCUAUCGAAAACAGUUUUUCUCCAGCUAGUAAAAUGAAGAGUGUCACUUCCGAAAUGAAUUAUGUAGGGACUUUUGGUAUAUUUCUUGCUUUCAUCGACAUAAACCACUUGCAGAGGAAUCAUCACCCAUGGAAGAACUAAAGAUCGAAAAAAGAGAUACAAAACAAAUAAGGAUAUGAAAGGCUACUCUCUUCUCAUCAGCAUCUGUCUUGUGUCCCUUAUCCUAAUCUCAAGCAAAACCUCAAGAUCUAGUGCAAGAGGAUAUCAGCGGUAACCCGAGAGAAACGGCUUCUCCAACAACAUCUUUGAAGAAAUCUUUGAUAUGUUAUAUUUUAGUUUGGGGAGAGAGAUUGGUAACAAAGAUAAAUUCCUAAACAAAAUCGGGAGGUGUCUAAUCUUCUUCUAUAGUAAGGCUUUCUCGUCGAAGGUACUCUUUGUACCAAACCUUGUGAUCUAUGCAAAACUUGGGUCGUGUAGAAUAUGGAGCGUUUUGAUCCACCUUAAGAAACAUGUUAUAAUCAUGGAAAUAUUCACCA